AACAAGGGGAUUCAAGAAGAGAAAAUUCCAAUUUCGUACAUCCUUUAGCCUCGAUGCAUUUGCCAGGUGCCGUGCGAUUGUAAGGCAAUCGAUUGUUUUGUCCUUCCACAGCACCCGUUUGGAUGUUUCUUGUCGGCCGAUGACGCUGCCCGCCGCUAGUUCGAUUAUCUUCGCCGAAUCAUCAUGUCAACAGGAAGGAUCAGAUUGCAUUUUCUGUUACACAUGGUUUGCUGCUGUCAGAAUAGCUGAGUUAUAAAUGGCAUUGUAGUUAACAGGCGACUUGCCUCACGCACGACUGACGAUAAGGGGAAUCUCAGUUACUAACAAGGUGGUUUCAUUGCAAGAGCAGCGGUGGUGGACAAGCUAACAAGCUAAGAAAACCCAACUAGCAAACACUACCUCGGGAGUGUUGUCAAGAUCAAUGACUGCAUAGCUAGUUGGAGCGCACCCUUUCUGUGACUUAAAUCGAUAUAUGAAGGCGCGCUCUGGUCAAGUUGUCUAGAAUUCAUUCAAGGCGACCAACGCCAGACAGCUGGUUGCAGACGGAACCAGCACAUCUUUCCUCUGACGCGGGCCAGUAGCUGGGAUGUGCAAUGGCAUCGGUUCGGGUCGCUGUGAGAGUCAGGCCCAUGAACAGAAGGGAGAAGGACUUGGAGGCCAAAUGCAUCAUAGAAAUGGAGGGCACCAAGACCACCGUUACCAACCUUAAGCUGCAUGAUGGGGUAACGGGUGACUCCGUGAGGGAGAAGACCAAGACCUUCACAUAUGAUUUCUCCUACGACUCGGGGGACUGCAAGAGCACCUGCUUCAUAUCACAGGAGAGGGUGUUUAAGGACCUGGGCUCUGUGGUGCUCAAGGCUGCGUUUGAGGGCUACAACGCCUGCAUAUUCGCCUACGGCCAGACCGGAUCGGGGAAGUCCUACACCAUGAUGGGCAACCCGGGUGACCUGGGUCUCAUCCCCCGCAUCUGUGAAGGCCUCUUCAGCCGAAUCGCCGGGACGACCCGCGCGGACGAGGCCUCCUUCCGCACAGAGGUCAGCUAUCUGGAGAUCUAUAACGAGCGAGUGCGAGACCUACUAAGGAGGAAGUCCACCAAGACCUACAACCUCAGAGUGAGGGAACACCCCAAAGAUGGACCCUAUGUUGAAGACCUGUCGAAGCACCUGGUGCAGAACUACACGGACGUGGAGGAGCUGAUGGAGGCGGGCAACAUCAACCGCACCACCGCCAGCACGGGCAUGAACGACACCAGCUCCCGAUCGCACGCCAUUUUCACCAUCAACUUCACACAGGCGAAGUUCGAUGCGGAGAUGCCAUCAGAGACGGUCAGCAAGAUCCACCUGGUGGACCUGGCGGGCAGCGAGCGGGCCGACGCUACCGGGGCAACGGGAGUCCGGCUGAAGGAGGGCGGCAACAUCAACAAGUCCCUGGUUACCCUCGGCAACGUUAUCUCAGCCCUCGCGGAUCUGUCUCAGGAUGGUGGAAACAGUAAUGCUAAGAAGAGGCAGUUGUUCGUGCCCUACAGAGACUCUGUGCUCACCUGGCUACUGAAAGACAGUCUCGGGGGAAACUCCAAGACCAUCAUGAUCGCCACCAUCUCCCCGGCUGAUGUGAACUACGGCGAGACGCUCAGCACCCUUCGCUAUGCCAACCGUGCCAAGAACAUCAUCAACAAGCCCACCAUCAACGAGGACUCCAACGUCAAACUCAUCCGCGAGCUCAGGGCCGAGAUCGCACGCCUCAAACAACUGCUCAUCCAGGGCAAUCAGAUUAAGCUGCUGGAUUCGCCCACAGCACUCAGCAUGGAGGAGAAACUCCACCAGAACGAGGCCAGGGUACUGGAGCUGACCAAGGAGUGGACCAACAAGUGGAACGAGACCCAGAAUAUUCUCAAGGAGGAGACCCUGGCCCUGCGUAAGGAGGGUAUUGGUGUGGUGCUGGACUCAGAGCUGCCUCACCUCAUUGGGAUUGAUGACGACCUCCUGAGCACCGGCAUCAUACUAUACCACUUAAAGGAGGGAAAGACAUUUGUUGGUCGAGAUGAUGCAGCAAUGGAGCAGGAUAUUGUUCUGCAUGGUCUGGACCUGGAGAGUGAGCACUGCCUGUUUGAGAACCGGAGUGGCACGGUGACGCUGGUGCCCCUAAACCAGGCACAGUGCUCCGUCAACGGCCUACAGGUCACGGAGCCCUGUCAGCUGAACCAGGGUGCCGUGAUCCUGCUGGGUAGGACCAACAUGUUCAGGUUUAACCACCCCAAAGAGGCAGCCAAGCUCCGGGAGAAGAGGAAGAGUGGGCUCCUUUCCAGCCUGAGUUUGUCCAUGACCGAUCUCUCCAAGUCCUGCGAGAACCUCUCUACUGUCAUGCUCUACAACCCAGGUCUCUUCUCAGAGAAAGGCCCCAUCUUCCUCAGGUUGGAGUUUGAGCGACAGCAGCGGGAGGAACUAGAGAAACUGGAACACAAAAGGCGUCUGAUAAAGGAGAUGGAGGACAAGCAGCGUAGCGAGAAGGCGGAGCUGGAGCGCCUCCAGCAGGAGGUGGAGAGCCAGCGACGGGAGUCGGAGGAGGUGCAGCAGAGGAUCCGCCGGCAGGAGGAGAGCCUCCGCAAGAGGAGCCGCGACAUCGAGACGCGCCUCCAGGACCUCCUCGCCGAGAAGGAGAGGUUCCAGGAGGAGAGGCAGCGGGAGGGGGGAGCAGCACACAGAGGAGCCAAACGGGGAACCAAGCCAUCCAAGGAGACGGAGAGAGACGACGAAUUAAAAGAGGAGGAUGAAGAGAUGAGCGAUCUCACGGAGCACAAGAAAGACAAAGACGCCGACGAAGAGAUGGAGAAAGAAGGAAAGCAACGCAGGGCAGAAACGAAAGACAAGCGAGAGACAGAAGACAUGGAGAGCAGCGAAACGGACGAGGAUGAGGAUUUUGAUGACGAUGACGAUGAUGAUAGCGUCAUGGAAAAAGACGUGGUUGAUAAGGGUGGCCUUACUAGUUCUAACUCCCACAGUCACUCCUCCUCGCACCCUCAUCCUCCUCUUCCUCAGCAGGGUGAGAGCCAGGUGCAGCAGCUGCAGGAGCAGACGGAGAUCGUGAGGGAGCUGGAGCGCCUGAAGAGGGAGCGGGAACAACAGGCCCUGCGCGUGCGUCUCGAGCGCCGUCGCCUGGAGCAGGAGGAGCGUCAGCAGCAAGGGCUUGUGGGACGUCUUGAGGAGCAGCUGCGCGAGAGACAGGAAGUGGCGGCCUCCUUACUCGCUCGGGACGACGCGCGACGCCUGGAAGACGAGCGCCGGGACCUGGCCGACAUCCGACAGGCCCUCUUGCACGCCAAAGAGGCUCGUCUGGAGCUGCAGGAGGAAGAUGAAGACGAGGACAGUGACGAAGGCAGCAGAAGUGGACGCAGUGGGGAAGGUGACCACAACAGCGACCACAAUCACAGCACCACCCCCACCACCACCACCACCGCUUCCACCACCAAUGGCGUCACCAAAAUGCCCUCCUCCACCAGCAGCAUGGCCAGUAGUGAGGGGCGGUGCAAGCGCGGCGAGGUGGCGAGGCAGGCGCACGACGCCCGUACCCGCUAUGCCAACUUCAAGCAGAGCCAGGCCGAGGAGCUGGGCAGGCAGCUGGAGGCUCUGGAGCAGCAGAGGGACCGGCUGGUGGCUGAGGUGGCGGCCGAGAGGUCCGCUCUGGGUACGCUGAUCAGGGAACAGACCGAGAGGCAGGCGCGGGAGAAGACCGCCGCUGCAGCAAUAUCGGGUUCGUCGGCGUUGCCCUCGGCAGCAGACCUGGCCAUUCAGGAGGAGCAGCAGCUGCAGCAGCAGCAGCGCGUCCAGCAGGCGGAGCAGAGGCUCCUGGUGAAGGAGAGGCAGCUGGCCUGUCUUACCGAGAGCCAACUACCAGCCCUGCUGGAGGACAGACAGAGGGCCAAGGAGGUGCUGGAGCGUGUGGAGAGGGAUGGAGAGGGGGGAGCAGGCCUGGAGGAGCUGGGGCCGCUAGGGGAGGAGCUCUCCCUGGAACACGUGGAGAGGGACCUGGACAACACACUCUACCAGGUGGAGAAGGAGUUGGAGGAGAAUGAGGAGCGCUUGUCCCUCCACAGCGCCAGUGCUGAGCACCUGCAGCAGCUGAGGGAGACCUACGAGUUCGCAGCACACGUGGCACGCCAGGAGGAGAAGGUGCGCAGGAAGGAGCGCGAGAUCCUGGAGUCGCGGGAGCGCCAGCAGAGGGAGGCGCUGGCCGAGGCCGUGGCCCGCCUGGAGAGGAGGCACUCGGCCCUACGGCGCUCCACGUCCCUGGAGCCGGAGGAGGAGACCUCACAGCAGCAGGAGACGCACAGUGCAGGAGGAGCACCGGAGAGUGACCAGCAGAGGGUGGAGCGAGAGAUCAGGCAGCUGCGGCGGCAUCUUAGUGAGAGUGAGGGUGGUAGCACCAGCAGUAGUUGUGGUGGUGGUGGUGGUGGUGGUGGUCGUGGUGGGCUGUGCCACAGCAGCGCUACUGAUGACAAGAGCAGCAGGAGCAGCUCUCCAGCCUCCCCCAUACAGGGACCACUGGGGAACCCCACCACGGAUGACAGGAUAAAUGCCUACAUCGAGGAGGAGGUGCAGAGGAGACUGAAGAAACUCAACCUCUUGAAUGGCGACCUAGACCACUCCAGGAACCUCAGGGAGGAUUCACCAGUUAGCGACGACGAGAAGCUGAACAACAGAGUUGACUACAGAAGACUGAAGUAUGAGCAGCGCAUGGUGACUGUUCCCCUGGGCCCGUCCCCAGAGAGCCUGAAGGACCCGGUGAAGAUCAGCAUCCCCCGCUACGUGCUGCGCGGACAGGGGAAAGACGAGCACUUCGAGUUCGAAGUCAAGAUAACCGUGCUAGAUGAGACGUGGACCGUGUUCCGACGCUACAGCCGCUUCCGUGAGAUGCACAAAACCCUCAAGGUCAAAUAUCCGGAGCUUGGUGCCCUCGAGUUCCCGCCAAAGAAGCUGUUUGGUAACCGUGAUGAGAGGAUGGUGUCUGAGAGGCGGAGCCUUCUGGAGCGCUACCUGAGGAACUUCUUCCGGGUCAUGAUGUCCCCGUCGUCCUCCUCCCCUCUGCGGGCGCAGGAGGACGGUGUGCACCUCUCCAAGCACGCCAUCUGCGACAUCUCCCCCUUCUUCAAGAAGGGCGUCUUUGACUACAGCAGCCACGGCACCGGCUGAAUGAAAAAACGAGAGAGAGAGAAGAAAGAGCCAAAGAACGAGUGAAAGAUUGACCCCUUUCUCUGCUGCCUUCCAUCUCCUCCUCCUCCUCCUCCAUCCCUGAUCCUUUCCUGCCCCCCCUCCCUCCCUCCAACCCCUCUCCUUGUCCUCCUCCCUUCAAACCCUUGGAACGACAACGAAGAACGGAGAGAUGGACAUCUCCCCUUUCUUCAAGAAGGGCGUGUUCGACUACAGCAGCCAUGGCACCGGCUGAAUGAAAAAACGAGAGAGAGAGAGAGAGAGAGAGAGAGAGAGAGAGAGAGAGAGAGAGAGAGAGAGAGAGAGAGAGAGAGAGAGAGAGAGAGAGGAUAGAAGACAGAAGACGACGAGAGACAGAGAAGAAAGAGCCAAAGAACGAGUGAAAGAUUGACCCCUUUCUCUGCUGCCUUGCUUCCAUCUCCUCCUCCUCCUCCAUCCCUGAUCCUUUGCUCCCUCCCACCUCCUCUCCUCCCUAAAUGCAACCCCCCUCCUUGUCCUCCUCCCUUCAAACCCUUGAACGCCAACGAAGGAUGGAAAGAUGGACAUGAGCCAAAGAACGAGUGAGUGUGCAAGAGAGAAAGACAGAGGCAGGAAAAGGAAGGAAGACGAGGUGCAGAAGGGUAAAAAAAGAAAGAGAGAAAUAUACAGCCUUGAGAUGGUCAUGAGUGGGAAACAGCUGGAAGAAGAAAAUGAAAAAAAAAACAAACCAACAAAAAAACGAAGGAUUGGAGAAGAGAGUAAAUGAAUGAUGGGAGAAAAAGAGGUAUAUUAAAGAACAGUGUGUGCCUUCCUUUGGGAUAUAAUUAGAUAUCGCCUGAGGGGGAUAACAGUAUGAGCAGUCCAUCUGCAGUCCUGGGGUUCGUUUCUCGAAAGCGUAGUUGUUAGCCAGUUAGCAACUUGGGGUAGUUGGCAAUAGAAAAUUGCAUUGCAAACAACCGGGUAGCUAAUGUAGUUAGGAACUUUGGUUUCGAGAAAUGCACCCCAGAUAUCUAUAGUUGGUGUGAGAUCACCAAGUAAUUGAUGCGCAACAUCUUCCAUUGAUCAACAUUGUCCGUUUGAUUGAAAGAGACAAAGAGGAGAACUAGACAAGAAUUGCAAUCCCUCAUGAAUGCAUCCUUUAAAAUGCAUUCUUCAUGACUUUUCUCCACCGUCAUAGGAUGCUAAGCUUUAUGCAAAUAUUUGCUAAGAAAUUGUACUUUUUUCUGCAAUGAAUCAUGUUGACCUCAGAUCUUUAGGGAUUUUAUUUGGACGUAUCCAAGUAUUAGAGCUAAGAAUUGUGAUAUAUGUAGCACUCCAUAGCCAUCAUAGUCAGCGCUGGACUGGGACCAGAAACCGGCACGGGCAUUUUGGUAUAGACCAGACCAGAGAUUCUUUAAGUAUAUAGAGAUAUGCCAACAUAAUAGGUUUCUAUGGGCACCUAAUGUGACCAGGUUCCGGUCUGCCUAAAAGGGCGUGUCAUAAUGCUCCUAGCAUUGAAUAGAAUAGUCCUUAGGUCUGCCUAGGUCUGUCUAAAGGGGGAUUUCCCCCCCUCCCCCUUGCAAUAAUAGAACCCGGAAACAAUGGGCCUAUGGAACCUCUCUCUCUCUACUCUCUCUGACCAGACCCUCACCGCCUCACCCAUACUACAAUUAUGAUGGGCUCAGUCCACUGUAUAUUAAUGGGGCACAGACGGACCACCCUAUCUAAAUUGCAGACCUGUCUGUAAGGGGAAAUUGGAAAGCAGACAAAAAUACACAAAAAAUUGACCCCUGAUGACUAUUAGCCUACCGGGAAAAUGCCCUGUAUGCCAGAUUACCAGUCCAGCCCUGAACAAAGUUCUCAGAUCAUUUUGGCUGCUACCAAAAAUGGUGCCAGUACUGCACGUUAUGAGAUCCUAUGGUUUUGACAAAUAUCGAAAUAUCAUCAAUGUACAGACCAGUGACUUGUCAAAUCAUGCCUCAUAAUAACGGAAAAGUUCAGAACUUGGGGGAAACAAAUAAACAAACAAAAAAAUUGUUCCCCCUCAGAAGGAAAGCCAGUUGCUGCUGCUAUUCUUGAUCGUGGUUGUCAUACUGAAAAAAUAUGAUCCCAAAUAGAAAGGCACUGUUCCUUACCUGUACCUUACCAGUAGUAGGCUAUGCGAAUGCUUAAUUUUGUGCAAUAAUAAAACAUUGGUUUAUAUCAACUUCA